CCGUUGUUGGAUAUCGCAAGUUCAAGACACGCGAAAAAAAAAAAAAGCAGGCAGCUCAGCAAGCGAGGAAGGAAGGGAAGGCAGUUGGUUGAGGUCAAGGACGUGACAAGAUGGCAGACAGCAACGGGGACACGACUGCUACUGCUGCUUCCUCGGGCGCACCGCCAGCCAAGAAGGCAAAGGCUGAGCGACGAGGUCGCCCCUUGAAGAAACCAAAGCUAUGCGGCAAGUGCAAGUUGUCUUUCAAGUACACAAGCUUGUGGCAAGCUCACAUGAGGGAAGUUCACGGGGCCAAGCUGAAAGCUGAAUUCUCCUGCCCCCACUGCAAGAAGACAUUCACACAAGCGCUCGGCCUCAAGUACCAUCUCAACAACAAAGUGUGCCAGCGACGGAAGGAACGGAAGAACGGCAAGAAGGCAGCAGCGCAGCAAGACGGCAGUGCGACUCCGAGCAAAUCCACCACUGAUCGCGCUGUCCAGUCCCGUCUCAGACCGCGGCACAAGAAAGUGAACUAUGCACAAGCGGCAAGCGGGGAGACGGGGGACGACGACAAGGACGAAGACUUUGAUCCAAGCACUGCCGCCGCCAGCAGCAAAGCAGACGAGAGCACUCCCAAGGCAGACGGGGCAGCAAAGGCGAAACCACAGCGUAAGAAGCAGCGCAACCGGCCCAGCUUCCCACGCGGCCUGACGAAGAAGAUUGGGAACUUCAGUCCACACUCUGACCCAUCAUCGUUCCGCCGCCUCCUGCAGCAGCUGCGCGACUUGGGUGCAGAUAUGAUGGCCUGGGAGGGGGCCGCCACCAUCACCACCAUCUCGGGCAAUGCUGGUGAUGGUGCUGGUGCUGGUGCUGGUGCUGGUGAUGGUGCUGGCGAGACAAUCAGGAGCGCACCGUCCACAGCAGCUACUGCACCCGCUGCAGGCCCCUCAACAACAGCAACAGCACCCGCACCCACGUCCACAUCCACACCCACGUCCACAUCCACGAACGCACGUGCAGCAGCGGUAGGACCAUCAGCCGCACGCAUGUUGCAGUCACCACUUCCAUUGCAGCUGGGUGAUGAAACACACAUCAUCCCACCGCUCGCAUCAAAGUCCUUUCCAUCCGUCAACAAGCUGUGCGUUGGCUUCACGGGCAAGCGUGUCGUUGCCUGCGCCACCUGCCCCUACCCCGUGUCGCCGCUGCAUGUAGCAAUCGGCGUGUCUUCGCCCGAGCCGACGCGGACAACAGAGCACCGGCUGAGCGGCGUGCUCCCCGCGCAAGGACGGGGCGACUGUAUGCAGAUGUGGACGCUCGCGACAGCAAGCGAUGAUGCGCAACAACAACAACAGCAGCAGCAUCAGACACAGCCUGCUCAAGAUGCCUCGGCAUCGGCGCCCUCAUCGUCAUCAUCAGCGACUCGGAAAGCGACAAGUGCGAGCAAUGACAAUCACAACAACAACAACAACAACAACAACAACAACAACAACAACAACAACAACAACAACGGCAGAAGCAGCAGCAGCGACGGCGGCGCUGAUGAUGCGAUACCAAACCUUCACCACGCAUACACGUGUCGGUGUGGCCACGGUCGGCUGAUGUGCAUGACGUGGCGGUUUCACGGCCGCAACGCACCUGCGUCGCUCGGGCUGAUGGCGAUGGGAUUUUCCUCUGGCACGCUUGCCCUCGUUGCACCGCCACAUGCGCGCACACUGGCUGCCGGCGCUGUGAUUGACUUGCCAAUCGUUGGCUACUUGGAGACGCUCGAGGAGGUUCCGUUAUCCGUUGACUGGGUGGUACCGGCAGCGUGUUUGUUUGAUGCGGCAAAUGGGUACAACAAACCCAUCACCGUGGUCAAGUGGAAGCCGAGCCGUGAGCCCGUUCUGGCCACCACAGGCCACACCAGAGACGUCAAGCUUUGGAAGGUUGCCGUGCACACCGCAACCACGAGCAGCGGAGAGAGCAUGACGACCAUCAGCGUGACGCCGACGGUGGAGGUGCGCAUAUCUCCACAGCCGUUCUGGUGGUGGAAGUACGGGCUGUCGUGGCCGCACCACCGCGACGGGCCCUGUGUUGCCGGCGAUGAUGAGCUCAUUCGCGUGAUCAACGCCGACCCGCGCAACACCCCUCCCGCGCCUCCGGCCGCCCGCGUGCCAGGGACCAUCUUCGCGCUGGGAUGCAACUCGUGGCACAACAUCAUCUGCUAUGGUGGCAGCGAGGGCUGGCUCAACAUUUCCGUGCUCACAGACGGAACAGAGCCGUUACCAAAGCCGCAGCAGCUGCACUUUGCGGACAACGCCGUGGUGACUGCGCGCGUGUUGCGUAAUGACAGCGCUGCCACGCCUGCCAACCGCAACGCUGCUCGCGAGCAGUGCAAGUUGGUUGUGCACUGUGACAUGCACGAACGGUACACGAUGCCGCGGGUUGAGGCGCUCGGUUACCAUGACGACGUCAAGCGACUCAUGUUCCCGACCCCGCUCCAGUCCAUCACCGCUAUUGACUGUUCGAUGAACGAGAGGUACAAGGACUGGAUCAUCGCCUGCAACGCCGCCGGCCACAUCUUCUGUGCGGACUUGAGCGAGAACGUCGCUCAGGCCAGGAAACGCCUCUCAAAGUUUGGCUGAGGGGCGGCUGGACACAAGAUCUUGUGUGUGUGUGUGUGUGUGUGUGUGUGUGUGUGUGUGUGUGUGUGU